UUCGACUUGUCUUCGACCAUCUUGGCGCCGACCCUUGCUGAUCAUGGCGAUAACCAUUCGCAAGGCAACAUCGGAAGACGCCCCUGCGCUGUCACGCAUCUGCCUCCUCACUGCCGAUGCUGGCAAGUCCGCAGAGGCGUUGCACGAAUUCGGUGACCUGCCAGGCCUGGUGUUCUCCGUGCCCUACGUGCAGCUCCCGACGACAUGGGCCUUCGUCUUGCAGGACGACAUCACGGGCGAAGUAGUGGGCUACACCGUCGGCUCGACCGACACGCGCGCCUACGAGGCGUACGCGCAGGAGCACUGGUGGCCGCGCUGGGCAGCGGAGUACCCGCCGGAGCGCACGACGCGCGAGGCGGACCUCAAGUACGCGAAGCUGCUGCGAAAUAUGUUUACCGCGCCAGAGGCAUGCAUAGCAUUCAGCCCGGCGCAUUUGCAUAUCAACAUCCUGGACAGGUACCAGGGGCAGGGAUGGGGAAGGAGGCUCAUCGCAAGGGCGGUAGAGUAUCUGAGUGGGGAGGGGUUGGAGGGGUUGUGGUUGGGGAUGGACCCGAGGAAUACAGCGGCGAGGGCGUUUUAUGAGAAGUUGGGAUUUGAGCCGAUUGAGGGGGCGGACGCUAAUAACAUGGGCUUGAGGUUCGAUAAUUUCAAGGGCCCGAAGAACCCAAGUCAGGCAGCAUAAGCGCCUGCACUCGGCUUGCUUGUACAACAACAGUACUCAUACAACAUACAACCGCGUUUAAAUGAUACACUUUUCAUCUACAUACCCUUUCUCUACCUGCGGCUAAUCGUCGUUCGUCCAGAUCUUCUGCAUCUGCUUCUUGAACGGCUCGAGGCUGAAUUCGACCGCAGAGCAAGGGAAGCCGAUCUCGAACUUCUCGAGCACGCUCGGGUGCAGGACGCCGAGCUCGCCGAUGAUGAGAUCCUUCUUGGUGUGGAGUGUCGCCUUGAUGUCCUCCUUCAGCUCGGAGAGCUUGGUGUGCUUGACGGGGGCGGGGCGGUAGUGGAUAGUUGCGCAGCGGCCGGGGAAGUAAGCGGGGUC